AGCAUGCUCUUGUCUUGGAGAUGCGAUCUGAUCUUUGGGAGACUUCGGAUUCUCCAUCAAUUUGAAUAACGAUACACUGUCGGUUGGAUCGUGAGGAUAAAUUAUUUCAGAUCGAACUCGUCCGCUCGCGGGACGGUGGUUUGGGGCUUUUCAUUGAGGUGAUUAUAUACAUCUCGUUGGCCUGGGUGCUGUUUAGUUCUUGGUGAGGGUUUUGAGAAUUUAGUGGAUCGGUCACCACAGCUUGUGAAAGAGGUUCAGUUAAGUACUUGCGCGGCUUGAGAAAAUGGGGUUAGACGUAGCAUCUAUGGUGCACGGGCAAAUGGAGUUCACCAUAGACUUGCACAAGGCCGUGGUGAAAGGUAAGGAGACCAAGAAUGUGUUACUUUCGCCACUUAGCAUUAGCCUAGCAUUGGCGAUGGUAUCGGCUGGGGCUAAGGGACCGACACGGGGGGAGAUUGCCAAGUGCAUCAAACUUCCUGAAGGCGACCCCAUGCACAACUUCUCCUCGCAGCUGAAAACGGUCGUCCUAGCUGACGGGAGCGGCGCUGGGGGCCCGGAACUCGCACUUGCCAAUCGUGUCUGGGUGGAUGAAUCCGUGACACUCAAACCUGAGUUCCAGAAAAUCCUUAAGGAUAGCUAUGGAUCUGAGGCUGCAUCGGUUGACUUCCAUGCAAAGGCUGACGAAGCUCUAGCGAAAGUAAACGAGUGGGCUAAAGAAGCGACACAUGAGAAAAUUGAGGAGCUUCUUCCUACAGGAUCGGUGGAUCAGAUGACACGUGUUGUGUUAGCAAAUGCUCUAUAUUUCAAGGGAGCAUGGAAGAAGCCAUUUGAGGAUGAAGACACAAAACACGGAGAAUUCUUUUUGCUGGAUGGAAAAAGCAUCCAAGUCCCAAUGUUGCACACAACCAAGAAGCAAUACGUGAAAGAUUUCUCCACCUUCAAGGUUCUUCGCCUGCCGUACUCCGCUGGCAGUGACAGACGUUCCUUUUCAAUGUUCAUCUUGCUGCCUCAUGAGAAGGACGGCAUCACUGAGUUGGAAAAAUCUCUAGACUUGAAGAUUCUCGCGGAAGAUCUCAGGACGGUUAACCAAGAGGUUCCAGUGACCGAGUUUGCACUGCCCAAGUUCAAAAUCUCUCACGGGUUUGAGGCACCGGAAGCUCUCAAGUCUCUUGGCUUGUCUUUGCCCUUUGGAGAAGAGGCAGAUCUCACAGAUAUGGUGGAUUCCCCAACGGCUGACAAACUCUACGUUUCAAACCUGUACCAUAAAACUUUUGUAGAAGUAAACGAGAAGGGCACAGAGGCCGCCGCAGCCACAGCUGCUACCAUUACAUUGAGAAGCCUCCCCAUGUUCCAUGAACCCACUGACUUCGUCUGCGACCACCCAUACCUGUUCAUUAUCAAGGAAGAACUGACCAAUGUGAUCAUCUUCACUGGCCGCAUUACCGACCCCUCUGUUGGAAACUAGACCUCAUUGUAGAAAGAUGACGUAUCAUACUUCAGCGUCUUGGUACCUCAUCUUCGAGGACACCAAUCUCGAUUAACCCACAUAAGACGCCCUCAUGCAAAUAUGAUAGAACUCAGGUCUCCAUUGAUUAUUUCGUCACAAUCCAAGACUGUUCUGCAGGACGCAGUUGAGCACAUCGUUAAACUGCGAGGACUGGAACUCGGAGUGAUCGUUGUUGCAAGUUUUAUAAGAUUGGGUAGUGCUGGACAUGCGUCAGCAACCGUUCUAGCGGAAGUCUGAGCUACCUGUUGACUGUUUCUAUCAUUUGGUAUCACUACACUUUUUGGUAUGAUGA